GUCACACUGGUUCUUUGUGAAAGUGCCUUCUGAAUGCCACUAAAGCGUUAAGUUCUGUGCUGCCUUCCCUUACUGUCAGGCUGUGCGUGGGCAAAGUCUUGGGUGGGUGAACAGGGAACAUAUGGGUGAUGUUCUGAGCCCACCGAGCCCCACCACCUGCCCUAACCCUCAACCAUCUGACACUGGCGUCUCACCACACCCCAAACUUGGAGCUCAGUUCAGUUAGGCUCCUUUAAAGAGGCCAGAGGGAGAAGGAGAGCAAAAGUUUGGACACAGAGGAGGCAUUCCCUGGGAUGCCGCAGGAGGAAGAGCGUUCCGUUGACCUAUAGCUAGAUGUGAGUGACAGGUGCACUUGGUGUGGUGCGAUCAGGUGCGGGGCUGAGGAGGCCCCUCCAUGCCAUGGCUGCUCCCUCCUCGCCUGAGUCCAGGCCAAGAAAUGCUGUGGUGGACCUAAGCCCAGCAUUUCACAACUCUUCUGCGGGGAGGGAGAAGAGGAGGCAGCAGUGAAAAAGCGAGGAAAGAUGGAAGGGAGGAAGGAAGUAGCCACAUUCAAGAGACCCAGCUCUGGCAGGACAUUCUCCAUUAAGCACUUACUGACUCCCUACCUGAGGCCAGGUGCUAGUGCUGGGUGUGGGGAGACAGCAGUGCCUGUGACCAGCCCCCAUUCUCCAGCGCAGUGCGAUGAGUGGUGGUGCUUCAGUGGGAAGGGGCAGGGUACUAACCAACCCAGUGCUGGAGGGCUGUGGGAGGAGACAGGCAGGGGUGUCUGGGAAGGCUUCCUGGCAGAAGUGGCUCUAAGCAGACACCUGAAGUAUCAAUAAGAAUUAGCUAGGGAGAGGACGAAGGGGAAGAACGGCACAGAGCCCAGUAAAUGCUAAGACCCGAGGCCAGAAGCAGCAUGACGCAGCCAGGAAACUGAAAGUAGCUCAGCGUGUUCAGAGCGUGGAGAGUGCAGGGGCGAGGUGGAGCUGGAGAGGACUGCGAUGUGCCGGUCCUAGCUGCCGUCUGAGAGGAUGUCUGGGGUGUCCGAGCCCCUGAGCCGAGUGAAGGUAGGCACGUUACGUCGGCCGGAAGGCCCCGCCGAGCCCACGGUGGCAGUGCCAGCAGAUGUGGAAAAGGAAGACGUGCGGAUCCUCAAGGUCUGCUUCUAUAGCAACAGCUUCAACCCCGGGAAGAACUUCAAGCUGGUUAAAUGCACAGUGCAGACCGAGAUCCGGGAGGUCAUUGCCUCCAUCCUGCUGAGCGGGCGGAUUGGGCCCAACAUCCAGCUGGCUGAGUGCUACGGGCUGAGGCUGAAGCACAUGAAGUCGGAUGAGAUCCACUGGCUGCACCCACAGAUGACGGUGGGUGAGGUGCAGCACAAGUAUGAGUGUCUACACGUGGAAGCCGAGUGGAGGUAUGACCUUCAAAUCCGCUACUUGCCAGAGGACUUCAUGGAGAGCCUGAAAGAAGAUAGGACCACACUGCUUUAUUUUUACCAACAGCUUCGGAAUGACUACAUGCAACGAUACGCCAGCAAGGUCAGCGAGGGCAUGGCCCUGCAGCUGGGCUGUCUGGAGCUCAGGCGGUUCUUCAAGGACAUGCCCCACAACGCACUUGACAAAAAGUCCAACUUCGAGCUCCUGGAGAAGGAAGUGGGGCUGGACCUGUUUUUCCCAAAGCAGAUGCAGGAGAACUUAAAGCCUAAACAGUUCCGGAAGAUGAUCCAGCAGACCUUCCAGCAGUAUGCCUCGCUCCGGGAGGAGGAGUGCGUCAUGAAGUUCUUCAACACCCUCGCGGGCUUCGCCAGCAUCGACCAGGAGACCUUCCGCUGUGAACUCAUUCAAGGUUGGAACAUUACUGUGGACCUGGUCAUCGGCCCUAAAGGCAUCCGCCAGCUGACAAGCCAAGAUGCAAAGCCCACCUGCCUGGCCGAGUUCAAGCAGAUCAAGUCCAUCAGGUGCCUGCCCCUGGAGGAGGGCCAGGCGGUACUGCAGUUGGGCAUCGAAGGUGCCCCCCAGUCCUUGUCCAUCAAAACCUCCUCUCUGGCAGAGGCGGAGAACAUGGCUGACCUCGUAGAUGGUUACUGCCGGCUGCAGGGGGAGCACAAAGGCUCUCUCAUCAUCCAUCCCAAGAAAGAUGGUGAGAAGCGAAACAGCCUGCCCCAGAUCCCCGUGCUAAACCUGGAGACUCGGCAGUCCCACCUCUCAGAAAGCUGUAGCAUAGAAUCAGACAUCUACGCAGAGAUUCCCGACGAGACCCUGCGAAGGCCGGGAGGCCCACAGUAUGGCAUCACCAGGGAAGAUGUGGUUCUGAAUUGUAUUCUUGGCGAAGGCUUUUUUGGGGAGGUCUACGAAGGUGUCUACACAAAUCAUAAAGGGGAGAAAAUCGGUGUGGCUGUCAAGACCUGCAAGAAGGACUGCGCUCCCGACACCAAGGAGAAGUUCAUGAGUGAAGCAGUGAUCAUGAAGAAUCUCGAUCACCCGCAUAUUGUGAAGCUGAUCGGCAUCAUUGAAGAGGAGCCCACCUGGAUCAUCAUGGAAUUGUAUCCCUUCGGGGAGCUGGGCCACUACCUGGAGCGAAACAAGAACGCCCUGAAGGUGCUCACUCUCGUCCUGUACUCGCUGCAGGUCUGCAAGGCCAUGGCCUACCUGGAGAGCAUCAACUGUGUCCACAGGGACAUCGCUGUCCGAAACAUCCUGGUGGCCUCCGCUAAUUGUGUGAAGCUGGGGGACUUUGGCCUCUCCCGGUACAUUGAGGAUGAGGAGUAUUACAAAGCCUCUGUGACGCGGCUCCCCAUCAAAUGGAUGUCCCCCGAGUCCAUUAACUUCCGCCGCUUCACAACGGCCAGCGACGUCUGGAUGUUUGCCGUGUGCAUGUGGGAGAUCCUGAGCUUUGGGAAGCAGCCCUUCUUCUGGCUGGAGAACAAGGAUGUCAUUGGGGUGCUCGAGAAGGGAGAUCGGCUGCCCAAGCCCGACCUCUGCCCGCCUGUCCUCUACACCCUCAUGACCCGCUGCUGGGACUAUGACCCCAGUGAGCGGCCCCGCUUCACAGAGCUCGUGUGCAGCCUCAGUGACAUUUAUCAGAUGGAGAAAGACAUCGAUGCAGAGCAGGAGAGGAAUGCUCACUACCGACCUCCCAAAAUCUUGGAGCCCACAGCCUUCCAGGAACCCCCACCCAAGCCCAGCCGGCCCAAGUAUAGACCCCCUCCACAAACCAACCUUCUGGCUCCCACGCUGCAAUUCCAGGUCCCUGAGGGUCUGUGUGCCAGCUCACCUACGCUCACCAGCCCUAUGGAGUAUCCAUCUCCUGUAAACUCGCUGCACACCCCACCUCUCCACCGGCACAAUGUCUUCAAGCGCCACAGCAUGCGGGAGGGGGACUUCAUCCGACCCAGCAGCCGCGAAGAGGCCCAGCAGCUGUGGGAGGCCGAGAGGGUCAAGAUGCGGCAGAUCCUGGACAAGCAGCAGAAGCAGAUGGUGGAAGAUUCCCAGUGGCUGAGGCAGGAGGAGAAAUCCUUGGACCCGAUGGUCUACAUGAACGAUAAGUCCCCAUUGACCCCAGAGAAGGAGGCCGGCUACACGGAGUUCACGGGACCCCCACAGAAGCCACCGCGGCUGGGCGCGCAGUCCAUCCAGCCCACAGCCAACCUGGAUCGGACUGACGACCUGGUGUACCUCAAUGUCAUGGAGCUGGUGCGGGCUGUGCUAGACCUCAAGAAUGAGCUCAGCCAGCUGCCUCCCGAGGGCUACGUGGUGGUGGUGAAGAACGUGGGCCUGACCCUGCGGAAGCUCAUCGGGAGUGUGGACGAUCUCCUGCCCUCCUUGCCAUCAUCUUCACGGACAGAGAUUGAGGGGACCCAGAAACUGCUCAACAAGGACCUGGCAGAGCUCAUCAAUAAGAUGCGACUGGCCCAGCAAAAUGCCGUGACCUCCCUGAGCGAGGAGUGCAAGCGGCAGAUGCUCACAGCCUCCCACACCCUAGCUGUGGACGCCAAGAACCUGCUCGAUGCCGUGGACCAGGCCAAGGUUCUGGCCAACCUGGCCCACCCGCCUGCAGAGUGAUGGAGGGCGGGCACUACCUGCCUGCGUCUUCCGCCCCGCCUGUCGUGUACCUCCCCUGCCCCAGCCCCUGCCUUGCCUUCGGUCAUGUGGGUCUUCUCAGGGGGAAGGCAGAGGGGAGUCCUUCUUCCCUUGCCACUUUGCACGACCCCCUCUCCCCACCCGACCCCCAGACUCUGCUGCUCAGGCUGCAGCUGGACAGACGGGAUUCAGGGCUGUAGACACCAGGCGGUGACAAAGAGGUCUCAGAGCGGGUGCUGCUGCCACCUGGCCUCUCCCUCUUCAUACCUGCCUGGCCCCUUGGGGGUCACACUGGCGCCCCUAGUGGCCACGAUGGCUUUAUGCAUGGACAUGGCAGACCAAUUUGGGAAUGAAGCUGUUCCUUCUCCUUCCUCUUGCACCCAUGGAGGUCCAGGUCAACCCCCACCCCCCGCCAUGCACAGAGGGGCCGGGGAGGGGCUUUCUUUUGGGAGUGGGCAGCUGGUGAGAUGAGGGAUGGACCUUGCUUUCUUGUACAGUGUAUAUUGGAAUUUAUUUAAUGUGAGUUUGGUCUGGACUGACAGCCAUGUGCCCCCCUGAGCGGGGACCUGGGACACAAUCCAGGAACAAGCCAUUGGGAGUCCCAGCACAGGACGCUGUGUGGUCAACAAGUCAAGUGUCGGGGAGAAGGGGAGAGACGAGGCCAAAACAGGACUUGGACCACAA